AUGGCCGAAUGCUUUCCAACAUUGGCCACUGUCUUCCUUGCCCUGCAGCGACAGGGUAACGGCGGGAACGAACCGAAGAACAGAUAUCUGUUCACAAACCCCCAAUCAGCAAGGGAAUCCGUUCCUAAUACUACUAAUAGCAGAACCACCGCAACAGAUUUAUACUCUGUCUCUGCCGAGAGCCAGACAGGCGAGUCGUAUGACGCGUCUGCUGGCAUUAUUGGUUUCCAAAUCGACACGUUCUGCGAAUAUUACCUUCCACCAAUUCGCGAAGGUUGGCAAGUGUUUGACCAGGUCAUAGCAACCUUGAUCGAAACUGGUACUCUGGUACCUCUCUCGGACAAGGACUUUCCUGGACGUCCGAAUUAUCAGUUCAAGGAUCUUGAACGUUCUCGUAGCUCAUAUGACUUGCGACUAAACGAGGGCACACCUCAAGGUCAUACUGCCGCAUUGGACGAGAAGACACAUCUUACCGCAAUAGGACGCGUUUUCAACGCUGUUCGAGAUAUCUUACAGAAGGAUGCAGGUGUCUCUGUUAAUGAAUACUCCAUGGCGGUGUGUCCUGGUACCCAUCUCGAGGCUGGCACGCACGACGUCAGCUUCAGGAUUGAGGCCUAUAUCACAAAUAUCGGGGUUGCCGACGGGAAAUGGCAAACCCUAAACGGAAGACUCGAUUCCACCAACAUCACCAUUCCCCUGGAAUGUAAUAUCGACGACGACAAGGAUAAGGACCUGAAUUGGCUUAAGCUGGUUGCCACCGCGAACCAUAUCAUGAACGUCGACGCAAGGCGAAUGUUUAUGUAUGGUAUCACCAUUGAGGGCCACCACGUUUCCCUGUGGUAUUUCUCGCGUUCCCACACCGUCAAAGCAGAGUCCUUCAGCUUAAUUGAGCGCCCCGACAUCCUCGUCAAGAUCUUCAUUUCAUUGGCGUGUGCCACUAACGAAGAACUGGGCUUCGAUCCUCAUAUCACCCUGUUAUCAGAACAGAAGUAUCUUUAUGAGCUCCCUCCAAACAGCGCGGACAGACCAGAGCCCAUGUUCUUCAUGACCACGGAUACGGUCCACGAAAAGCCUUCCCUUCGAAUUUCGGGACGCUGCACGCGGGUCUGGAAGGUUGUAGAGGUAAUUUCGAAGGACAAACUGGAACAGAAACCCGGGACCAGCGAGAUGGUACUGAAAGACACCUGGGCCGACGAGGACGUUGACACGGAGGACAAAAUCCAAGCGAAACUCUUCCAAGACAUCGAAACCUUUUCCAAGACCAAAAAAUGGAAAUCGCACCCCCUUCUUGCGGGACUUCGCAAAUUCCACAAGUCUGAGAUGAAGUCCUUUGGGGAUGCUCUGCAGGAUUUCAGAAAUUACUUCUCGUGUAUCCUACACGCUCACGCUAAGGGGCCCACCAAAUCGGUCGUCGCGGAAGCCAGGUCCAGCCAGGACACUCCCAGCAAGCGCCGCUGCUUCUAUGUUUUCGAGCAUGUAUGUGUGCAAGUGAGCCACCUCCCUACCCUUGGAGACGCUCUAGACGUCAUCCGUCAGGCUUAUUUCGCCCUGCUUUUGAAGUUUUGUGCCGGAUGGAUCCACAGGGAUAUCAGUGAUGGCAAUGUACUGGCCUUCAAGCAACCAGACGGUAGUUGGCAAGUCAAACUCAGCGAUCUGGAAUAUGCCAAACGUUUUCCACCAAAAGAUUCAUGUGAAGCAAGCUCGGAACCUAAAGUAGGAACGCCUCAUUUCAUGGCCCACGAAAUCCAGCUAUCGCGCUCACUUUUCCGUCGCCGCCUUAUCGAAAGGAUUAUCCUGGCCCCCCAAAGCGACUCCGACUCCGAUUCUGAGAGCGAGAGCAAGGAAGACACACAGGAAACGAAAGCUACAGAGAACAACGAACUCAUGCCUAUCGACACUCCCGUCACGCACAACUACGAGCAUGACUUGGAAUCGAUAUGGUGGCUUGUAUUGUGGCUUAUCACCAUGCGAGUCGACCACGAACCGUCGUACACCGCCGCCGAUGAUAUAUUCACAGGAACUGUGCCCCCUUCGGCAGAGCGAAUCACGGCGUUCAUUGGUGGACUUCCCCGUGAGCUCAAAGAGUCCUUGCAUCCCGACCUCCAAUCUCUCUUCCACCCACUGGAAUCAUUCCGCCAAAGGCUCGUUGCAGGAUAUGAAGAUCGACACCCAGACAACUUGUAUCAUCCUCAGCACUACAGCCCCGAAUGUGCAGCGUUCGCAGCCUUCUGGAAGGAGAUCAAGCGAGGUGGGGAUCAAUGGAGAAAGGUUGAGUUGAAAAGCCCCUCUUGGAUGGCCCCACGUCCUCCUACCACCUUUACGACGGGCCAUAUGUCAAAUGACUCCUCGAAUUCAAGCGAGCGCAGCAAAUCUGGCCUCAUGAAACGGAAAUCCAUCCAUCAACAAAUGAUCGACGAAGCACACGGCAGCGGUUUCUUCGUCGACGACGAAGAUGUCACCGAGGAGCAGCCUUUCAAGAAGUCGCGCCGCCACUGA